AUGGGCCAGAUGGUUUCCGAUGGUGUCAUCCAAGAACAGGCAGCUCGCAAUGGCGGGAUCAUUAAGAACGGGAGGGAAAUCCUAUUGCAGGCUUUUAACUGGGAAUCCCAUAAACACAAUUGGUGGAGUAAUUUAGAGGGCAGAGUUGCCGACAUUGCUAAAUCUGGGUUUACAUCAGUAUGGUUGCCUCCACCGACACAAUCGUUAUCUCCAGAAGGCUAUCUGCCACAGAACCUGUACAGCCUUGACUCUUGUUAUGGUUCUCUUCAGCAGCUAAAUUCGUUGAUUCAGAACAUGAAUGACCACAAUAUAAGGGCUAUGGCUGAUGUAGUUAUUAACCAUCGAGUUGGGACUACUAAAGGAUCAAAUGGGAUGUAUAAUCGUUAUGAUGGUAUCCCAAUAUCAUGGGACGAACAUGCGGUUACAUCUUGUUCUGGUGGGAAGGGGAACAAAAGUACUGGCGAUAACUUUGAUGGGGUUCCCAACAUAGAUCAUACCCAGCCAUUUGUAAGGAAGGAUAUUAUUGAAUGGCUGAUCUGGCUUCGGGAAACCAUUGGUUUUCAAGAUUUCCGCUUUGAUUUCACAAAAGGUUAUGCUUCGAAGUUUGUGAAAGAAUACAUUGAGGAAUCAAAGCCUCUUUUUGCAGUGGGGGAAUACUGGGACAGCUGUGAAUAUGCCCCCCCUGACAACCGUCUGAGCUACAAUCAGGAUAAACACAGGCAGAGAAUUAUCAAUUGGAUAGAUAGCACUGGAGGACUUUGCGCUGCGUUUGAUUUCACAACGAAGGGUAUUCUUCAGGAGGCUGUGAAAGGAGAGUUGUGGCGUUUGCGCGACCCUGAAGAAAAGCCGCCUGGUGUGAUGGGGUGGUGGCCUUCAAGAUCAGUUACAUUUAUUGAAAAUCAUGACACAGGGUCAACUCAGGGCCAUUGGCCAUUUCCAUCUGACCAUGUCAUGGAGGGAUAUGCUUAUAUACUCACGCACCCUGGAAUCCCUACAGUGUUCUACGAUCAUUUCUUUGAUUGGGGAGAUUCUUUCCACGAUGAAAUAGCAAAACUGAUGGAGAUUAGGAAAUCCCAAGACAUACAUAGUCGUUCAGCUGUCAAAAUUUUGGAGGCAAGCUCAAAUCUGUACUCGGCAGUAAUCGAUGAUAAGUUGUGCAUGAAGAUCGGAGAGGGCCCCUGGUGCCCAAGCGACCCAGAGUGGAAGCUGGCGGCAUGUGGAGACAGAUAUGCCGUGUGGCACAUGUAG